AUAAAACAGCUGAGCAUUCACCUACACUGUAUAUCACUUUGAAAAUGACUGUUAGAAUUCCCUUAGAAUUGCCCGCAGCCUCCACAGGCCACUCAGCUCCCUAUCCGCUAGUCAAGGGUUUGGACUAUGAGUACCCAAUUCCCGAAGGUGUUGUCGGAUCUGCAAAAGAGUUGACAGACAAAACGCCCAAGAUGUUUCAACCUCUCAAAGUUGGAAACAUGGUGCUUCCCAACCGAGUGGGAGUCUCCCCCAUGUGUCAAUAUACUGCCAGUAACAAUGAGGCCACCGAAUAUCAUAAAGUUCACUACGGUGCUUUGAGUAGCAGAGGUCCAGGGCUAGUGAUGCUUGAAGUCAACCUGGUAGCACCGCAUACCGGUGUUUCGGUGGUUGAUUUAGGUCUCUGGAACGACGUCCAGGCUGUCAAGCUCAAACCGAUUGUGGACUUUGCCCAUGCCAAUACCAGUAAGAUUGGUCUUCAAAUUGGCCAUGGUGGUAGAAAGGCCCAGGGUAAUCCGCCGUUUGAAUACUUGGAAAACUGGAACGACCCUAGAGCCAUUAAAGAGGAAGUGGUGGGUCCUUCUGCUGUUCCUUUCAGACCCAAAGGAAGGCUCCCUACUCCAACGCCCUUGACAGUGGAAGAAAUCAACACCAUUAUCAAACAGUUUGGAGCUGCUGCGAAGAGAGCUGUUGAGAUCUCGGGGUUCGACUUUGUUGAGAUCCAUGGAGCCCACGGAUACUUACUUGGUCUGUUCUUAUCUGCGCAUUCGAACAAGAGAACCGACAAGUAUGGUGGGUCUUUUGAGAAUAGAAUUAGAUUUUUGUUGGAAGUCAUUGACGAAGUCAGAGCCAAUGUUCCUAAGGGUUUCCCGGUGUUGUUGAGAAUUAGUGGUUCUGACCUUCACGACUCCAAUCCCGAUGCUUGGACUACGGCCGACUCGGUGAAGUUGGCACCAAUUGUCGCUGAUAGAGGUAUUGACUUGAUAGAUGUGUCUGCUGGUGCUAACGAUAGUGACGCCGAUAGACCCAAGGAUAAGUUCGGAAAGUUUUUGCCCAUUGCUGCUGCCGUGAAGAAGGCCGUUGGUGAUAAGUGUUUGGUCAGUAGUGUGGGUACUUUGCACGAUGCUAAGAAGGUCAAUCAAUUGCUUGAAGACGGCGUUAUUGACUUCGCGUUCGUGGGAUCUCCAUUUUUGAUUAACCCGGGUUUGGUGCUUAGUUGGGCUCAAGAAUUGGAUGUGAGCGUGUAUCAAAUUGCUUCUCACUGGCCAUUCCAUGCUAAAUAUGCUGAAAUGAUCGAGUACAUCAAAUCUACAAAGCUUUAGAAUUGGUAGGGAUUUAUAGAAUUAUAGAGUCAAAUAAGUUGUUUUAUUGGCGUUAGUCACCAGCGGUUCCUAACUGGAAGCAUGUCUGUGAGUUUUUGCUUUUUCGUCCUGUUGGAGGCUUAAUGCGCUUUUAGAAUUUGCAACCACAGUUGCGACAUGAAUUAUGGUGAAAUUAUAUAAAUUAGAGUUUGCAACCACAAUUGCGACAUGAAUUAUCGUGAAGUUAUAUAAAUUAAACAUCCACUUAAAGUAAAACUCAACUAAGAAUUAUGACCCAAUCAAAGAAACCGAACUUUAUAAUCAUUGUAGCCGACGACUUGGGGUUCACCGACACAUCUCCUUUUGGGGGGGAAAUAGAUACUCCAAACUUGAAACAAUUGGCUGAUAAUGGCUUAAGAUUUACCGAUUUCCAUACCGCUUCUGCUUGUUCUCCUACACGGUCAAUGUUAUUGUCUGGAACAGACAACCACAUCGCUGGGUUGGGUCAGAUGGCUGAGUAUACCAG